AAGCUCAUGAAGGCUGAUUAUCCCAAGUAAAAAGAGAAAACAGAAGGUUAAACUGCCACAGCUGAUCAUGGAAGCUGUCUCUGCAGAUUACAGCAAACGGGUGUAUCAAGGAGUCCGAGUCAAGCACACGGUGAAAGAUCUGCUGGCCGAAAAGCGUUCCAGACAGACAAACGGCAGCUCACGGUUGAACGGUAGCGUCACCACAACACAGUCGCCAUUCGCCCCAUUGCAGGGUAAGCCUACUAGUUACUAUGGAGUUCGCCGGUCCCUCGUGGCAGAGAUGGAUUUACAAAGCAACAAGCCGCUUUCUAGCGAGGUGUACACUUCCUCCCUCGUGUCCAAACCAUUUGCAUACGAGUCGCCGGUGGUUCAGGGGUACCCUUCCCUUAUAGAUGCCCAUUUCAUUGACCAGUAUGCUGACCAUCGUGCUACGUCGGUUACCUCUGGAACCUCGUCCCUCUUUGGCGCCUCGCCUCUGACGUCCGUCAUGCCCUCCUUUCCGAGUGACUCCACACACUUUUUAGCCAGAGACUCCUGGGAACAAUCCAUGCCGGACAGCCUCAGUCAAUCGGACGCCUGUUCAGAAUCCUUACAAGCCCCUUCUGCUACGGGUUGCCUCUCCUCUCAGGAGUCGGGCGGUUCUUCCCAGUACAGGAAUCCCAGCUGGGGCUCACCCAUUCCGGGAACUCAGUCCUACUCUUUCCAUGCUCUCGAGGACGUCCACUACGCCACCAGCUACUCCACCGCCUCCCCCUACCCCUUCUCGUCCUUCAUGACCACGGUCCCCAGUGAUUCAUCUCCCAAGAUGCUUCACGCUUCCUCAGAAGAGCCUUUGGACACGACCCCUCUCCACGACGACAACGCCCUUUGGCCGAAGGAAGAUGGGAGUCCCCUUUGGGGGCCGUACGAAUGCCGAAGGACCUACUGA